AUGGCAGAACCGAAGAAGCAGGGGAGGAAGUCUAAGUCCAAGGACACCACCGCGAAAGGAACCGGGAAACAGUCGACACUCUUCGACAAUUUCCUACCAAAGAAACCCCAAACUAUUCAACCCGAUGAACCGCUAGACUCUGCGGAGACAGCCACGUCAUCUGAUGUGGAUGUUAUGUCUCAGGAUCCCGUUUCAGCCGACGUCGACGCCGCCGAGAGUCUACCAUCUCCACCUCCUACGCAACCACCCCCCUUGACUCCCGCUUCCGUAUUUGACCAGCAAACAGACGACGAUGAAGUCCCGCCAACAACGCCCAUCCCUCUGUCUUCCGUAAAUCUAGAGCAGGAGAGCUCUAGUCCGCUACACGAGGAAGACGUGAAACAUGUUACAGAAUUCAUCGACAUAGAUGACGUUCCCAGCUCUCCGCCAGCUCCGUUACCAUCACCGCCUACCCCCUCUUUCCCUAAAGGAGACGGUUCUGAAGAUGCGCCUAUUGUGGUUGAUAGCUCCCCCGUGCGCCCCGAUCCUCCCAAACUUCAUCCCCUAUUUCGAGCGGCCAAACCAACGGUCCCCGAGCGACCUGAUAUCCAUGUCCGCAAAAAGCUCAAACUAUCCCACAACCCAACAGCUUCCACGUCCUCUAGUCUUCCAGGACUCAUCACCCAGCACGUCCGUGGACCACAAACCAAGUUCAUUACCUCGAAGUUGUCAUCUAGUCAUUUAGAGACGAAGCCUAUUCAUCCAUCCGCCGCUUUGGCUUCUCCCGACGCGCCAUCCCACCUAUCAUUCUCUUCACAUCCAUCCGAACCCGACCGACCUUCUUCUGAACCGGAAUUAGCGCCCCCUGCCGAGUCACUCGAGGAUAGGAAGCGAUUUUUCGAGACUCUGCCUGCUUCUCACCGCCUCUUCAACCGUGCUAUCUCCCGUUUCUCCGACCUGUCACAAGAGCCUCCAGACUCGCGAGCUUUAGACGGAUCUCAGUUGUCGUGGACUGAGAAAUGGCGCCCUCGAUGUGCGGACGAGGUUUUAGGGAACGAAGAACACGCGCGUUACCUCCGAGACUGGAUGAGCGCCCUGCGCCUUCAUCUCGAAAACACUCCCACCUCUACACCCGGUGGCUCUCAGACUAGCAGCCAAGGGAACCGCAAACGGAAGUCGACCGGCGGUAGAUCGAAGGCUUCCAAACAACCACGUAUACUCAGGGAAGUGGAACGCAAUAUCGACGGGGAAGACUUUAUUGUCGCGUAUGGGGACGAUGAUUCUGAGUCCGAGGCUUUGUGUCUGCCUACGGCGGAUCGUUCAACCGCUACCAGGCCAAAUCGAUUCGGAAGCACCAUCCACAACACGAUACUGCUGCAUGGUCCAUCUGGCAGUGGGAAGACGGCUGCUGUAUUUGCAUGCGCGGAGGAGCUGGGAUACGAAGUCUUUGAGGUCUAUCCUGGUAUUGGCAAGCGAGGUGGUGUUCACCUGGAUAGGUUGAUCGGCGACGUGGGCAAGAAUCAUCUUGUUCAGCAGACGCAUCAAGCUCAUUCAAGCGUCAAACCCAAACUCAAACGCCUACGCAGAAAAGAGAGUUCGCCCGACCAGACGAACGAAAGUGAACCUCUUCCCGCCGUCGAUUCUCCUCACAGUGCUUCUUUUCGCCAAUCUGUUAUCCUUUUCGAGGAAGUGGACGUGAUCUUCAGGGAGGAUGGUGCGUUCUGGACGGCUGCGAUCAACUUCAUAAAAGAUUGCAAGCGGCCUGUGAUCAUGACUUGCAACGAUCUCAGCUCUGUACCCAGGCAAGAUCUCCCUCUGCAAACGACGAUAACCUUCAGUCUUCCGGAUCGUCCUCUGGCCGCAUCAUAUCUCCGAACCCUCUGCGCCACAGAAGGACAUCUUUUAAGCGACGAGCAAUGUCUAGAUUUUCUUCGUUUGCGGUCAUUUCGACCUCGAGACCAGCCGAACAACACCGUGUCUUCCAGUCAAUCUCUUGGCGUCGACAUUCGUCAGUCUAUCAACCAAUGCCAAUCCAUGCUCCCCAGCACGUCCAUUCGUUCCUGGCGCGCGAUUGAAGCGGACGCGGACCUCGAAAGGGAGAGCCUCUUCGACGAUAUCUUGUUACGACCAUCAACCGCGGAUAUCGAAUCUCUGAACGUCGCCCAGGCUCUGGAGGUCUUCCGAGAGGAGAGCGAGAGACUUUCAUUUUCGGACGCGCACAUCCUACUAUCACGACCGUACGACUAUGACUCGCGUGAAGGCCAUGCUGAUGACCAGGUCCGGUACGACGGUACCUUCGAUGCCACGUCAAGCCUCAGGCUCCCAGUGCUCUCAGAGUUCUACAGGACAGACGUUCAGAUGACAGACAGUCUGGUCGACUUGCAGAGGCGGAGGUCCGGAUACUCCGAGAGCCUGACCGGAGCGAUAGCCCUUGAUUGCCCGAAAGCGCAUAGUGCUCGAAUACAGGAUGCUCUGAGGAGAACAAUACGAGAGGGAGAGUUGACGUUAUGUUCUGCGAGCAUUUUUCUGGAUUACGAACCGUGGGUUCGAUACAUGGUCCGAGUGGCUGAGACGGAUGUUAAGGGUAGAGGUAAGGGUCGACAGACGAAGAACAGCCAGAAGGUUGGAGUAGGGUCGGGAUGGGCUGGGACGGAGCGGGGGGCGGUGGUGGAUGCUGGAUUGAGGAUGGACUGGGAUGAUUGAUGUAGCUACGUAGGACGUAAGAGGACAAUUGACAGCGGACGAUGUAUUUACUGCAAGGAGUGUGAAGGCAACGACG